AUGCAUCUCCUGCAUCUCCGCCUGCCCUACCGGGCCCCGUCUCUCUACCCUCCCUACGCCCUAGCCUCACGCCUGCAAGAUCACCUCCGCCGCUCCCUCCUCGACCUCAAGGACAACCGUCCGGGUUCGAAACCCUACACGCCAACGAUUAUCUCCUUUACCCCCUUGCCCACCUACACUUUAGGCCGGCGCCAAGCCAGUCCACUCAGCGGUGAUGAAGCAACACGUCUAUCAGCUCCCGUGUAUUACCCAUCUUCACCCUUAGCUUCGGGGUCAUCCCCAUUAAUGUCAGCACCAAUUCAACGAAUAGAUAGGGAACACGGAACAGUUAAACUCCCAGUCUCAAUCCUUCACUCCCCCCGUGGCGGCCUAACCACCUACCACGGCCCAGGGCAGGUCGUCCUCUGGCCCAUCUUGGACUUGAUCUCGUCUCAACACAACAAGUACACAGUGCGGUGCUACACGCGUCUCCUAGAGAAAACGACCAUUUCCACUCUUUGGAAAUCGUUUGGUAUCCAGGCUUUCACGACGGACGAUCCGGGCGUUUGGGUUAGGAGUGAGGAUGAGGGUCCGUUAGCCAAAGUCGCCGCCUUGGGCGUCCAUCUCCGCCGCCACGUCUCCGGUCUCGGUACGGCCAUCAACGUAGACAUGCCAGGCCCGGAAGUCACGAGGGAGGCACUCAAUCCGUGGGCGCGGUUUGUGGCAUGUGGCUUGGAGGGGAAGACGGUGACGAGUGUUAGGGGGGAAUUGGACAAGGCCAAGGGUAAUCCGCAGGCCAUGCAAAGGUAUGAGGGCAUGUUGAACCCGCCUGCUGUGGCUGGUGCUUGGGCGGAGAACUUGGCGAGGAAUAUUGGGGUUGAGGAGGUGAAGACGGUGGGGGAAGAUGAGGUGGUGAGCUUAUUGGAGGAGUUGGUUAGUGGGAAGGUCGCACAAGAGGAGGUGGUGGGAGAGGAGGAGAGGGAGUUUGUGAGGCUGAUUAGGGAGCAAUUGGAUCGGGAGGGAGACAUGGGGGGCGGGAGGGGAAUCUGAUGGCGGGGAGUAGGAAGUGGGGGGUAUUUCUGCUUUCUUCUCGUAGAUGAAGGCCAAUAUCGUACAUAACUCAAAUUCACGCAUAUAAACUAUCAGAGUGAAGCAUAGGGGAAAAAAAGAAAGCAUAGCGUUGUAUCUAC